CAUAGUCGAACACUCUUAUUUUCUGUUGAUGGGACAUUAUGUUGUAAUAAUAUCGACACGUGUUACAAGGAAACGACAGUAGACGGGAAUUCUUGUCGCCUGUUGACACCCAAAAAUUUCCCUCUCCCUGUGCCCGUAACACCACUCCAAACUCCAACACCAAUGAAAGCUAAUCCUCUACACGUGACCCAAUCCAAUCUGCCAUUUCUCCCUCUGUAACUGCAUUCCUUGGCUUCCCCUUUGUGCCAAAGCUCCGAGCCUUAACGCAAAAGAAAAGCCACCCCCAUCAAAACAAAAACAAAUCGGAUUCCAAUUUCCAAGCCACCGAAUCUGUUUACUUCUUACCCUCAGAUUUUACAGCUACUCACUCACCUCCCCUCCUUUGUUGAUUGUUCAUCAUCAACAAAAAAUAUCUAACGUUCAGAUGAUGGCGAUGGUUAAAGAGCAUUCCCAUGUGACCCAUCUCGUCACCAUGAAAAUAUCCUGAUCGUGCCACGUUUGCUGCCUCUUCCACAUCUAUGUAUAUAUAUGGUGCACCUCAACAUGGAAUUGACGAUUUGUCGCUCUUAUUUCUCAAGGAGAAAACACAAAAACAUCAUAUCAUAUUUGUUUGAGGCUGAGACUUUUGAGAGAGAGAGAUACAGAAUAGAGAAAUACUACAACAGUGCAACAGAGAUCCAGAGAGCUUAUGUUCAUGGAAGGUAGUAAUCUAGUGGCGCCGUUCGUGUUGAAGACGUAUCAGAUGGUGAACGAUCCGUCGACGGAUUCGUUUAUCGCUUGGGGAAAGGCCAACAACAGCUUCAUCGUUAUCGACCCGAUUGAUUUCUCGCAGAGGAUCCUACCAGCAUACUUUAAGCACAACAACUUCUCAAGCUUUGUUCGUCAGCUCAAUACCUACGGGUUCAGGAAGGUAGACCCAGAUAGAUGGGAAUUCGCAAAUGAGUCGUUCCUUCGGGGGCAGAAGCAGCUGCUGAGGAACAUCGUCAGGAGGAAGAAUAGCCGGAAUAAUUCGUACCAGCUGCACCCGAAGCAAGAGCAGGAGGAGGAGGAGGAAGAGGAGGAGGAGAUACUGAUGGAGAUCGUGCGGUUGAAACAGGAGCAAAAGGCCCUAGACAAGGAGCUGGAAGGGAUGAACAAGCGUUUACAGGCGACGGAGAGGAGGCCACAGCAAAUGAUGGCUUUUCUUUUCAAAGUGGUGGAGGACCCAGAACUUAUUAGUCGAAUAAUGCUCGAAAAUAGUACUAUGCCCAAGCUUGUUUCUGAGAAGAAGAGACGUUUCAUCACCUCAUCAUCACCCUCAUCUCCCUCCUCCUCCUCCUCCGGAGGGCCCAAUUCACCACUACCACCGCCACCGCCACCACCACCCCCGUCGAUGACGAAGGAGGUCGGAAAAGGUACAGUAGUUAGACCAGUUCCAUUACCAGCUAUGGGCCUUGUCCAAAAUACGUAUAACCCAUCGUCUUCAUCGUCGAAUACAUGGUCAUGGAUGAACCAAAGAGUACCAUUUCUUGGUCAGACGUCUCUAAUUACACCAGACCCUUUCACUCCCUUCACUACUACCUCUGCUUCCGGCUCUGCAACUGCCAUGAAUUCAUAUCUGGCGGAUCCUUAUCCUGUUUACAGUAAUCAACCGCACUUCUUGCCGGAUUUGGGGGGCAGCGUACAGAAAACACCGCCUUACCCUUUCUCCCUCUUAGGUGGUGGCUUUUAGAGGCUUCGGAAGGUCACGAUGACAGUGGAUUCUCUCUCCCUUCUAUGUACUUGUUUUUCAUUUUUGCUUGUAGAUUAAAUCACUUUAAGUAAAAGAGAUGAUUGAAUUACUUCUUUUUUUUUUUC